UCACAUGCUCUGGCCCUCGAUGAUUUGAGAAAAGAUUAACUGUAAUUUUGAAUUUAAAAAGGGACUCCUUAUCUGUUAAUACCUCACAAGAAAAAUGGGUGCGUGGCUUGCAAUCUGAAAUAAUCACUGAUUAUUAUUUCAAGAUUCAAUUUUUUCGCUGAGAUGAAUGGAAUCCCAGAAAAAAGAUACUGAUUUUUGAUGUGUGGAAUUUGGGUUUUUUGAUAGAGGAAUUGAGGUGUUUUUUCUUGAAUUCUUGCUCCAGGAUUUGAAGUUGAUUUUGUUUGGAGAUAAAGAUGGAAAAGAAGAAAUGGCUGUGGAAGAGAAGAGCUUCAGAGAGGAGCCCUGGUGAGAGUGAAAGCUCGGGAUCAUUUUCUUCCCCUUCCGAGAGAUACUCGGACGAGCAGGAUGUGUCGAGGGAGUCUCCCAAUGGUAGCGUACAGUCACCGGAAAUCACGUCUAAGCUCUCAUUUACUGAUGAUGAAGCAAAAGAGAACGUGAAGAGACUGACAGAGAAGCUAUCGGCCGCCCUUGUGAAUGUCGGUGCCAAAGAAGAGCUUGUUAAGCAGCAUGCUAAAGUUGCUGAAGAAGCUGUCGCUGGGUGGGAGAAGGCAGAAAACGAAGUGGCAGCAUUGAAACAGCAACUCGAGGUUGCUUUGCAGCAGAAUGUGAGCUUGGAAGUUCGAGUCAGCCAUCUCGAUGGCGCUCUCAAGGAAUGCGUCAGACAGCUGAGACAAGGACGAGACGAACAGGAAAAGAGAAUCUCUGAUGCCAUAGCAGAGGGAAAUAGGGCAUGGGAGUCUGAAAAGGCUGAACUCGAGAAGCACAUUGUUCAACUUCAGGCACGAGCCAAAGCAACCGAAAAUGGAAAUUCUGCUGCUAUAAACCCAAAGACUCUUCAAAUUCUUGAGAGUAUGGAGAAGGAGAACUUGUUCUUAAAGCAAGAGAUGAAGGCUCGCUGCAAGGAGUUAGAAAGCGUGAUAAUCGAGAGGGAUCUAAGCAUACAAGCUGCAGAAACUGCCAGCAAGAUGCAGUUGGAGAAUAUUAAAAAGGUUGCUAAGCUUGAAGCUGAAUGCAGAAGGCUUCAAUCUCUUGCUCGAAAAUCAUCUCCCGUGAUCAGUUUGAAGCCCAACCCGACUUCCCAUUUUUACGCUGAAUCUUUGACAGAUAGUCACUCGGAUAGCGGGGAGAGACUGAAUGCAGUAGAGAUGGAUGCUUGUAGGACGAGUAACGUGGACAGGAACGGGUCCGAACCAAGUUGCUCGGACUCAUGGGCAUCAGCCUUGAUUGCAGAGCUCGAUCAGUUCAAAAACGAGAAACUCUUGCCAAGCAGUCUAACGGCCUGCUCUGUUGAAUUUGACAUGAUGGAUGAUUUUCUCGAGAUGGAGCGCCUAGUCGCGUUGCCUGAUACUAAGAGCAACACCCCUCUUACAGCAUCUGAAUCAGCUUCAGGGGAAUCUGUUUCCAUGGACAAUCAUCUGCUUAGAGCCGAGCUUGAGUCAAUGACUCAACGAGUGGCUGAAUUGGAAAAAAAGUUGGAGGACAUGGAAGCUGAGAGGGCUGCACUCGAGGCUGCUUUAGAUGAAAGUCACGGAUCGGCCAGAGCAGCUGAAACGAAGUCGGAGGUGCUGCAGAAGGAGCUGAAGGCCGUGAACGAGGCGAAGGAGCUGCUAGAGUCUCAACUCAUUGCAAUGGAAGUAGAAGCAAGGACUAUGUCUGCAAAUGUCGAUUUGCUGAAUGCAGAAAUUCAAGAUGAACGAACGUUAUCAGCUGAACUCUCGAUCAAGUGUCAAGAAUUGGAGACUGAGUGUGUUUUGCAGAAGAACACACCGAAUUCAAAUGGUGAACUUAAGAUAAAGCAGGAGGAUCUGGCCGUGGCUGCUGACAAACUCGCGGAGUGUCAGAGAACGAUAGCGUCUCUAGGAAUGCAGCUCAAGUCUCUCGCGACGUUGGAAGAUUUCUUGAUAGACACGACCAGCAUACCCGACGGGGCAUUACUCUCGGGAAUGCCAAAGGCGCCUUCUAGUGACGAGAUGACCGGCCAUGUGACUGCUGCCAAGAGCAGGAAUGGUUUCGGGAAGUUUUUCUCCCGGAGCAAGAGCGGCGCCGAGAUUGGAAUUCGACAAGAUUAGGGCAACUUCUCUGUUGUUUAAGGUUUUAGGUGUUGAGGUUGCUGAUCAAAUACUGUUUGAUUGGAAUUGCUUUUGUGGAAAUGUAUGGAUUGUCAAAAGCUUUGAGUUCCAAUGGUUUCUUGUAGUUUGUUCCAAUAGUUUGCUAUGUUACAUUAUUUUAUUUUA